UGUCCACUUGAGAGAAAUACUCUCGAGAUCAGCUCUCGAGAGGUUUUCUCGUUUUCUGUCCAAUCGAUACACUUGUGAAAACAACACGUGGAAGAUUCGGUUGCCAUCGCGGCGAGCGAGUGUGUCCAGGCCUGCUCUCAAGUGAGCACGUCAAACUGUGUCUAUGAGAAAGUGACUCUCGAUAAGUUUCAAAGUGGACAGUGCUCUCUGAAAAUAAGCGGAACCGUUCACAAUGUCAAGGAUUGAGUGGUCGAAAGACCAAACAGCCAACCUCAUCGCAAAGUACAAAGAAACGUCGAUUCUGUGGGAUACGACAAACAUACAACACAAAAAUCGAGAGUUAAAAAAUCGAGCGUGGAAGGAACUGGCCGUAAACUUCAACUGUGUUGUGGAAGAAGUGCAAAGGAAAAUACACAAUUUAAGAAACCAGCUCUGCCAAGAAUUAAAUAAAACUCGCAUUAGACGUAGCAGGGGUGCCACCGAUGACAGUUGUGUUAGUAAGUGGCCAUUUUUCACAGUCCUAGAAUUCCUGAUACCUGCCUUGACUGCAAAUUGCAGACGAUCUUCAAAAACAUUAUCGAAGGAAAUAGUUGACGUGGCAGAUACACCAUCUGAAGAACAAGUGUCACAUGAUGAUGUUGAUAAACAAGGCAUCGACAAAGAAGAAUCUCCGAAGAAGCAAAAACGAAAAACGAUUAGUCAGCGACAGAAAAGAAAAAAAAAAGAUAUCGAAGACGACCCAUUGCUCAAACGAACCCCGCCAACUGUGCCGGAAGCCUCAGACGCGGACGAUCGUUUCAUUCAAUAUGUGGCAAUGGAAUUAAAAGGUUUACGGUCUGAUUUUUAUAAAAGAAAACUGAAAAGCGAAAUUCGUCACGCUGUCGCUCGCAUUGUGGAUGAAGAAGAUGUGGCUCUUGCUGCCCCGGCAAGUUCGUCGCCCCCAAGAAUCGUUAUUCAGUCAAUUGGGGCAUCAUCGGGCACCCCCACACCGCUACCGUCACCAAACGGUGAAACAACAUCGAGUUCCUAUUGCCUAGAGUAUAUCAAGAUUGAGUGAGAGUUGGUUGUUAAUUUAAACAAAUUCAACCGACGAUACAAUGUAAAGUGAGAAUAUCCCUAGAACGAUUGCUGGUUUCACCACAUAUCAUUACAGUUUCAAUAAAUAUUUUGUUAAUUUGUUUA